AAAACGUCAUGACACACAAGAAAACCCUCUGGUUGGAGAUGAGCUCUUGAGGCGCACUCCGAGCGGGGAAAUCCACACUGUCUACACUCACGUCUUAGAACACAACUUCCAUUAGUUACUUGAAAUAGGACUACUAAUGGAGAUUUAUGCCUAUUCAGGGAGUUAAUUUGCAAUCUGUCACAAACUUCUGGCUCUUUCGGCCUGACAGCACGGAAACGGGUAGUUUAAACAAUCCAUCAUGGACUGGUACUCCGACCCCAACGCCACCAAGCCAGGCGACAAAUGGUCGCAGCAAGACCUCAAGCAGCUCAAAAAGAAACUCAUCACCGCAAACCACAUCCUACACCACCACGGCGUCGUCGACGCGUACGGGCAUAUCUCAGUUCGGCACCCGCAAGAUGCCUCCAUCUACAUCAUGUGCGGGUACAUGGCUCCCGGCGUGGUCAGCCGGCCAGAAGACCUGAUCGAGUACCGGGUCGAAGACUCGUUCCCGGUAGACCCGGAAGCCAAAAAGGGGUACUCGGAGCGCUUCAUCCACGGAGAGAUGUUUCGCAUGUAUGAGAGCGUGAAUUGCGUCGUGCAUAGCCAUGCGCAGGACGUGCUCCCGUACGCCACGAGCGAGGUCCCGCUGAUGCCAGUUUUCCACAUGGCAGGAUUUCUAGGAAAAAAGGUGCCUGUCUUCGAUAUCGCGACCCUCUACCAGCCGGGCGAGGCCCAGGAUCUCCUCGUUCGAAACGCUUGUCUGGGCACGGAGCUAGCGUCCAAAUUCACCAGCCCUGGCGUUGUAUUACCCGAUAGUGCUGACAAGAUUGUCAAAACCGAUCACACGGUCGUGUUGAUGCGGCGACACGGGUACACUACCCACGGGCCAGAUAUCGAGACCGCUGUGUACCGGGCUAUCUACACCAAGGCCAAUGCCAGCGUACAGACCAACUCGUUGCUGAUACAGCAGGCCUGGUCGCAGGGGUCGAGUCUCGGUGGCUUGACGCCCGUUCUGCAGCCGUUGACGGAAGAGAUGUGUGAUGGAUGUGAUAGGAUGAACACGGGGACGCAAGACAAGCCGUGGAGGUUAUGGGUUGCUGAGGUGGAGAACUUGCCGUUGUAUGUGAAUAUGGGUUGAGUGUAGUUUUAUGGGAUGUGUCGUGACGAAUUUGUAACGAGAGCAAGAGGGAGAUGGAGAUAUGGAAGAAUCUCCUCGAGAUUCAAGAUUAUAUUAAAUCCGACUAUAAGAUACUAAAGAGGGCGAAAUACAUGGUAAUGUAAUUAUUUCUGUCGUUUGGGCGUUGUGACGUCGUGGUGCUUUCUAGUGUGUUUGGGGCAAGUUUGGAGUGAGGGAUUAUUUCGGAAAGAAGGCAUAUAGUGAUCAGACUCGGAUAGUACCGAAGUCGAGAGACUAGGGGGCCAGAUCUAACAGUUAUGAUGUAAGG